UACCAUGAACGAUUAUCAGAGUGGUAUUUUCGCACGAUUCUUAAGGUAGUUGUACCAGAAAAUAAAUUAGAAAAGAAUAUUAAUGAGUCGAAUAGCGAUGACAAAAUUCGUGUCAGUUUAUAUACUAAAUACAUUAUAAAUUUUGAUUGAAGAUAACGAUGGAUGAUCAACAAUUGAACAAUUUAAUUAAAUGGUUAGAUACCUUUGAUAUUCAGGCACCUCACUCGUCAGUAGAGGACAUAAGUGAUGGAGUUGCUUUAGCAAAUGUUUUGGCCCAAAUUGCACCCGAAUGGUUCACAGCUGCUUGGAGGUCAAAGAUUAAGACUGAUGUAGGUACUAACUGGCGGUUGAAAGUUAGUAAUCUAAAGAAAAUAAUCGAAGCCGUAAUGGAAUAUUACAUAGAAUGUUUGAAUCAACAAUUAUCAGGUUAUAUUAAACCUGACGCAACUAAAAUUGGCGAACAUUGUGAUAAUUAUGAAUUACGCCGUUUAUUACAAUUGAUUCUUGGGUGCGCUGUUAAUUGUAAUCAAAAGCAACAAUAUAUAACAAGAAUUAUGGGUAUGGAAGAAACCGUCCAGCAAGCUAUUAUGCAGAAUAUUCAAGAAUUAGAAAGUAAUAUGAACGGUCCGAGAUUAAGCUUAGGUACUAGUCUUAACUUUGAAACGUUGGAUGUAGCUGAUGGUGCUCAGCAAAGAUUAUUGGCGCAACUUCAAUCGACUGUCGAUAUGAAAGAGCAGUUAGCCCAAAGGUGUCACGAACUUGAUCAGCAGCUUUCGCUUCUGCAAGAAGAAAAAGCGGCGUUAGUGGCGGAAAAUAAGAAACUCCAGGAAAAAUUAGACGAAUUUGAUAAUACGGAAGAAUCUGGUUCUAUUUUAGAGUAUUCUGGCCUUAGGAAAGAAGUAGAAGCUCUUAAAGAUGAAUUAUUUAAGGUAGAAACAUCUAGAGAUGAUUAUAGAUUAAAGGUAGAGCUAUUAGAAAAGGAAGUGUUAGAAUUACAGUCCAAGCAAGAAGAUUUACAAAAAGCAGCGGACGAGGCUAAUCAUUUAAAAGAUGAAAUAGAUGCGUUGAGAGAAACUGCGGAUAAAGUAGCUAAAUACGAACUUACAAUAGAAUCGUACAAAAAGAAAAUGGAGGACUUGAGUGAUCUAAGACGGCAAUUUAAAAUAUUGGAAGAUAAGAACUUGGAGUAUUUGCAAUGCAAGAUAGAUUACGAAGAGGAAUCGAAACGAACUAUAAUGCUGCGCAAUCAUUUAGAAGUCUGUAAACAACAACUCGCAGAGGUUCAUCAUAAAUUAGACGAACAAACUAAUAAGUGCGAUAAACUUGAAUUCGAAGGGAAAAAAAUGGAAGCAAAGUUAAGUACUUUACAAAGAGAAAGAGACAGAUUAAUCGUUGAAAGGGAUGCUUUAAAAGAAACAAACGAGGAAUUAAAAUGUACGCAAUUACAGGCAGCAGAAAAUAUGGCAAAACCUAAUGCCGAUAGUACGGUCGGAAGUACAGAAAUGAUACCUCUUGAAAUUAAAGAGAAGUUAUUAUGUUUACAACACGAAAAUAAGAUGUUGAAGCUUAAGCAAAAGGGAAACGAUGAUAAAUUGCCCACAGUUCAAGCGCUGUUAGAAGAUUUUGAAGGAAGAUUGAAUGUACUUAGAGGUCAGAAUCGCAAAGCCAAUCAAAUAAUAAUCGAAUUAGAAAAUAGAUUAGAAGAGGCAUUAGGAAAUCAAACAAACGGAGAAAAUAAAGCUGACAAUACCAAUUUAGAGCAGAAAAUAAUACAGUUGGAGGAUGAAUUGAAAAGAGCGCAUGGAGAAAAAGAACGUUUAAUUCUUCAAAUUGAAGAACGAGAAAAUGCGCUUCAAGCACAAAAACAAAAAGCUUUCGCUCUGCAAGAGAAGUUAUCGCGCCGAGAAUAUGAUAAUGCAGCGCUCGAGGAACGUUACCGAAAAUAUGUGGAGAAAGCAAAAAGUGUUAUAAAAAGUUUAGAUCCUAAACAGAAUAAUUCGUCUCCAAACGAAGUGGCUGUUUUGAGGAAUCAAAUUUUAGAACAGCGGAAGAUUAUGGAGGAUAUGGAACGGUCUUUGAAAGAAUCGAAAUUAAUCAAAGAAAUGGAAGAGAAAUUAAUGGUGUCUGCGUACUAUCGAUUAGGUUUGACAUGUCACAGAGAAGCAAUAGACCGGCGUCUUGCUGCCUUGAGUUCGGGUCAAGGGCAAUCUUUUUUGGCAAGACAGAGGCAACCGUCAGCUAGACAUCAUCUGCCUUAUAAUUCUAAAUAAUAUGUAAUAAAUUAUCUAUUUAUAUAUAUAGGCUUUAUUUCAAUUAGAAUUAAAAAUAGUGGCAACUAUGCGGAUAAAAUAAUUAACCAGUUAGCUGUGGCGCCCCCUUUCGAGUCAAUCACAGCUAACUGGUUAAAGACUUUAUAGAAUUUAACUUGUUAGGACUUACACGAUUUCACGCUGCAAUAUUAAUCUUUAUGCUUUGUAAAAUGUAUUGUUUUGGCAGGGUUUGAACCUGCAGAGCAGAAGAAGCUCGGAACUUGCAAGGAAAUACCUUGUCAUUCACGCCACGCUGGUUGUUUGCAAAAUGUAUUGUAUACUUUAUUAUUCUUUUAAUUGUUAACAGAAAAUUUAUCACCAAUGAAUUAGCAAAAUUUCUGAUUGCUUUUUUACAAAGCAGAUAUGGAAUCAUAAUACAGUAUGCAACUCGAUGUAUAUAUUGUACAUGUUUCCUAUUUUUAUGCUUAAAACAUAAUAAAUAUGUAUACACACGUUAUAUAAAUAUCGAAAUAUAAAAAUACAUAACUUCGUACGUUUCUGUUUAGUAGGAACUAGAAUAAUGAAAUGUAAUUGCUCUAAUCUCUUCUCGACACGACUAAAGAACGAUCUAAGAAACUGAGAGUCAGAUACACCUUCCUUGAUCACACUGUGCAAGUAGUUGUAGGAAGUGGGUAUAACAUUAUUAUAAUAUUUAUUCAAUAAACAUACAAUUGCACACAUACAGUAGGAGAUUUCUAAAAUAUUAUUUUCCACGAAAAAGAUUUAUAAAGGAAAGACUGCUAAAUAUGGUAUAUAAAAAUAAUAAAAAGGUAUUAGA